UUGAGAGCCUCUGCAGCAAAAUCCAAGAUGGCUGUUCAAGGCUAGUGAUAAACAUGUAUGUGCCUGUUAUGUUUAUGUUUACUUCCAUAUCUUCUGGGAGAAUCAAAAACCAUUGAAUCCUGGCAUUUUAUCUCGGUGUCUGCACGUGAAAUAAUUCAUUAGAACCUUCGACACCUUAAAAAAAUGGCACAAGCAGCUGUGGAAACCGUUGACCUAACCGAGGAGACAAUAAAAGAGGAGAAACAAGGAACUUCGACGUCCUUGGAAUGCGCUGUGUGCCUCCAACCUUGCAUUCAUCCAGCAAAAUUACCGUGUACCCACAUUUUUUGCUAUCUCUGUGUCAAAGGGGUAGCUAAUCAGAGCAAAAAGUGUCCGAUGUGCAGACAAGAAAUUCCAGCUGAUUUUGUCGAGAGACCGCAGCUGGUGGAGGUUGAAGAGUCCAAAGUACCAGGCACUGAUGAGGAAUAUCAAUGGUUCUAUGAAGGACGAAAUGGCUGGUGGCAGUACGACCCCAGAACAAGCCUAGAACUGGAGACAGCUUAUAAACAAGGAAAGAGGACCUGUGAGCUCCUGAUAGCUGGUUUCCUCUACAUCGCAGAUUUCGGCUCAAUGCUGCAGCUUCGGAGAAAUGAUCCAUCGAGACACCGACGAAUAAAACGAGAUCUGCAUAACGUUCCAAAAAAAGGUGUCGCCGGGUUGAGGUUGAAUCGAGAAGAUGAGCCUGUUAUCAGGGAGAUCAGAGGUGCAGAGAGACCAGCAAGUCCAGCAAGUGAUACGAUGGGUACAGGAGAUGGAACGAAUACACCUGUACCACCCAGCAAUACACCUCAGACACCAGCGGGAAAUGCGAGUGGCGAUGCAACACCCUUGACUGACAGAACGGAACAGAGACAGGACUCUUUACAUCAGGUUUUAGAACAAAUGCGAUCAUUAAUGCUAAGGGGCCACUUCACCCUUAAUAGUGAUAACGAUGUUGAAGAUACGAACGACGCUGGAUCAUUUUCAGAUAAUCAACGUUCAAUGCUGUGGAUCCCGUCAUCAAAUCCAGAUACAUCUACGUACACCGACGAAGAUGAUCAUCUUUAAGUGUAGAAAAUCUAAUCGCUAUCGUCCAGCUGGUAGGUCAAGGCCAGGCAAACGUUGAGUCUUCGUCACUUGCAUUCAUCUUAUUUAUUCGAAAAGAGACGUAUUUUCUAUUCCAUUUCGUUUGUUGAGAAGAAGAGAUGGGUUGGGAUUUAUUUUUGUGAAUAUUUUUUGAAGAAAAAAUUGCUUGCAUUCGUGGAAAAAAAUUGAGACUUGAGUCACGACUUGAAAAUAAUCACGAAUUGAAAUUCGUGUGCAGACUCAUUGAAAAAUAAAUACAGUUAAUGGUUUUUCUAAAAAAUCAAUUUCCUCUUCUAUAAAGGAUCAAUAUCAAGAACAACAAUUAAUCUUAAAAUUCAAUAACUCGUUCUCUGUGUGUUCUCAAGGAAU